UGAGGAAAAAUGGGGGACUACUCGUAGUCUAUAAUACUUGUUAUGCAUUAGGUCAAAAUUUACCUUAAUUCAAGUUUAUUUUCCUUUUACCAAGGAAUGGUAAGGACUAUGAAAAUGAGUUUUUACAAAAGAAAAAUAAAUAAUUUGAGAUCAGUGGCACUUUGCCUACUUCACAGAAAACUUCAGGUUCCGUACUGAAAACUAAGUGGUCAUUUGGCUCAAACAAGCACCAAUUCUCAACGACUUACUGAUUGUGUCUUAAUAGAAGGAAAGCCUUCUACAGACAUUGUAGUCCUUGAUCGAUAUCAUUUAAUGACACCUCAAUUGUAAGAAGUUUCUAUCCUAAGAAAAAUUCCAUCCUUGAUGUAAAUCAAAACAGCAUAUGAUCACUUUUGAUUAAAGAACCGUGCUCGACCUGUAGUCAUUGUGAUUGAAGCGUAAUUGUAGAGCCAACAAACCAAAUAUUACUGAUCAUUUUUACUCCUUCUAAGCUGCGAAAGCUGAUUAGUGAAAAUAAUCUGUGACGUUAUCAAUAGAAGCAGGAUAAAAGUAAAGGUUGUAAUUAUAAUAUAGAUAGAGCUGAGCAGGCGCGUUUGCAUCAAUCUCGCCAGCAGUCUGUCUCCCUAACCCAUGGUAAUAACCAGUAAUAUUUUGUAUAUUUUUAUAUAUAUAUAUAUAGUUUUUUGAUAUUUUUAUAUAUUUUCUCCCUUGUCACAGAUUAUAGCAACAACAUACUGAACGUCUCUGGUGAAUCUUGUCAGUGUUACCAUGGAUAUCAUGGCCCCAGUUGUGAACAUUAUGGUUGCUCAUCCAACCCUUGUCUGAAUGGCGGCAAAUGUUCUGAGGCAAACGGCACAUUUAAUUGCAAUUGUCUAUUUGGCUACUAUGGCUAUACCUGCCAACAUCCUUGCAAAUCAGGUUACUAUGGUUUCAAUUGCUCUAAUAAAUGUAAUUGCACGGAGCAUGGCAGCUGUGAUGUAGCCACUGGUGAUUGCCAUUGCAGGCGAGGUUAUCAUGGGGCAAGCUGCGAAAAGGUCUGCAGUCCUGGGUAUUUUGGUUACAACUGUGCGCAGAGAUGUCAGUGCAAGAAUGGUGAAUCAUGUGAUCCGAAACUAGGGUCGUGUAACUGUACCGCAGGGUGGACCGGAGAGGUGUGCGAUAAACCCUGCCCAUUUAAUACAUGGGGUGUAAACUGCUCCGAGAACUGUUCGUGUCAGAAGUCGGCCACGUUUUGUGACAGAUUUACAGGGAAAUGUAUUUGCUUGCCAGGAUAUCACGGAGAGUAAGUUCAAGGACUUUUUUUUCGAAAGAUGCCUAUACAUGUUGCUAUUCGCCCCUGAAAAUGAUGCUAUUCAGUGACAGAGUUAAGCCCAGCUGCAUGUCACAGUUACCCAUUUAUACACUUAAUCGGACUCGUGCAUAUGAUUUCAGACCAAAUUGCACUCCACUGACUCAGAUCAGUUAUCAUUAUUAAUUGGAUAUUUGACAGCCACAGUUUCUUAUCAAUAAAAUUAAAUGCUCCCAACUGAGCCGCUAACCGGGUGGAGGUUUUCUCAUACACAGCGACAUCAACGCCUGAUGAAUACCAGUAGUUAGUGUUCAAAAUAUCACAGUGACUUUCGUGAGACAAUCGAUAAACGAGCCCUCCCAUGAUGUUCGGGAUCAGCAAUCGGAUGUAAAUGACCCUCCAGGCCCCAAUAUCACUACCGUAAAUGAUCUAAUUGACCCCCUUCUUAAUUAAACGCCUGUUGCCUAGUAAAUGCCCCUUUACGAUGUUAAGUUUCUAUUAGACGCCCCUCUCUAACAAACGCCCCCUGUCUAAUGGGACGCCCUCCGUGAAAGUUACUCCUAAAUACUAGGAAUUAGCAAAAAGGAGCAACAUGAUUUAAUUUAUUCAGCUUCUUCCUUGAUUAACAAAUGUUUGCACAUUGCGUCUUGUUCAAUGUCAAGUUCAAAAUAAGAACAGACUGAUGAUAGAGCGGUUUUCACUUGAAUGUCGUAAAACCAAAACCAAAGUAAAUACACUAGCCAACCAAAGGGCGUAGUAAAAGCAAAACCAAAACCAAAACCAAUCCCUUUCGACAGUCAAGUGAAAACCGCUCUAACAACGCAAUGACCCUGAACAGGAAUUCUGACCUCGAAGGUGAAAUUUGAAAGAGCGAAAGAGCGAUAUGGUUUUCUAGACGCCUCCUAUGUAUUGAAGGAGCUGUGUCACGAAAUUCAGCCAAAUUAGGUAAUUAUAAAAUGCCUGUUGAAUUAAGAGAAACGUAAAAAUAACCGCUUAAAACAUUAAAGGAAGGUUAAAAUAACACAACAGUUACAACAGAUGCCACGGAUGGGCAAAACGGAAGAAGAUUGAAACGGAUUGAAAUUAGGGUUUUUGAAAACUGUUCAGCCUCACAGUUUUUCAAAGAUGAUCUAUGCUGUUUGCAAAUUCAAAAAUAUUGUUCAGGAGGCAUAUUUGUUUGUCUCGAAUCUCUGAUUUUGUCAUUUCCAUGCAAUUUCCUUGCUUACUUUAAGUUCCAUACCGAUCGAGGGCGAGUAAUUGGCAAAAUUAAACAAAAUGACCUGGACUGCCGUGACACAGCUCCUGGUCCCCUCUUGGACCUCCAAAAUUAAAUUAACGCAGCGAGUGUCAAGUAGAUCAUUUACGGUAUGCAUAUUCCCCAUACUAAUCUCUAUACAUUGUUUUAUGUUACUGAUGUGGACAAUUUUUUGUUGACGAUCAAGAGCUUUUUAGUUUGUCAUUUCUUUAUUCUCAUGACCUUUCUGUUUCAUUCAGUAGUGGCACGGUAAAGAAAAAAUUUGAUAGUGGUCUCCCUUCUCAGGGGUCGGAGGAUUAAACACUGGACCAUCACCAUUUCACUAAUAUACCCCUAGAAAGGCAUUAAUCACGUUUUCUCAUUUGCACAGUGAAUGUCAAUAUCCUUGUCCAUCGGGAACGUAUGGCGUCAACUGCAGUUACGAUUGCAAAUGCCAGAACAAUGCAACAUGUUCCAGAAUAGAUGGCACCUGCAACUGUACUCAACCAGGAUGGGCGGGGGUGCUCUGCAAUCGACCCUGCCCUGGGGGGUCAUACGGGGUCAACUGUCUUCGUAAGUGCGAAUGUCGAAAUAGUGGAGCGUGUGAUCGCAAGACAGGUCAGUUUUAUGUACACGUACCUGUGAUGUUCAUGUGUUUGAAUACUUACAAGUAGUCAACCCUCUCUUAGGGUUGAUUUCCACUGCCGCGUAUUAAAUUUUGACGUCCGUAAACAAAACGGAGACAAUGUAUGAAACGCCGCGCCUAAACGUAAAAGUGCAGCGGGGUUCAACUUUUACGUUUACGCACGACUUUCCAUACUUUGCCUGUAAUUGCAGAAUUUGCGUGCGUACUAGGCUCGAUUUCCGCCGUCUCCCGGGUCCGGUCUUGAUCCGGGCUCAUUUUUUCCGAACAGCGGCUGGUAAUCGAGCCUACGUGCGUACGCUCGUAAAAAAAUUGCGACCGUGGAAAUCCACCCUAAUCCGCCCAAGUCCACACACAGAGUGUUCGUCCGUCGGGAGUAAAAUGGAUUAAAGAAAGGCAGGGACCAACUCUAGUGUCCGUUUUACCGAGGUGUCCGUCUAAUAGAAGUGACAGUUAACCCUUUAAUUCCCAAUAGUGACCAAGAUCAAUUUUCUCCUAGCAAUAUCCAUACAUAGUCAACAGAUAAGUUAUGAGAAUUAAUAAAAUGAUCACCUAAGUAAAAUUGCCGUGAUCUUUUAACAAAUUCUCUUAACUCAUUCUUUAAGGAAAUGUAUAGAGAUCAGUUUGGAGAAUUUGUAUGUAGAUACUGGGGUUUUGAUAUCCAUUUACAGGAUCCUGUACCUGCCGGAGUGGUUUCUUUGGUCAGUUCUGUGACAAGCCUUGUUCUCAGGGCUUCUGGGGCCAGAACUGCUCCAUGACUUGUUCGUGUGUGAACGGUGCGCUGUGUAACUCUGUAAAUGGUCAAUGUACCUGCCGAACUGCUGAUGGCUGUCAGUGUUCUCCAGGCUGGACUGGUAGCGACUGCUCCAAGCCUUGUAAUGAUACCUCGUGGGGAAGCAAUUGUCAGAAUGUCUGCCAAUGUCAACACAAUGGAAUCUGCAAUCAGGUCUGUCAAGCUACAAUUCUGAAUGUCAUGUAAUUGCUUAUUACGAAUCAGGGCUGUAACUAAGGGCCAGGGGCCGGGGAUUUCCCCUGGCUACUAUGAGCACGAACCCCGACUACUUUAAGAGAAAAUAAAGGGAAAAUAGAACAUAAAGAACUUUUGGAUCAAUUUAGGUUCCUGGGAACCCCUCCCCUAAGUCAACAUGAAAACUUACUUCUCACUUAGGGCAAAAUGUUGGCUUAGGGGAGGGGUAGGUGGGCAGUUUCCCAGAAACCUAAAUUCAUCCCAACUUUUUAGCUUCUCAGUUUCCCACCUAUGCAUAUGCCCGGCAAAUCGAAAUCCUAGUAAUAGCCCUGAUGAAUAGUUGCCCGACUACUGUGGCUUACAUCACAGCGAUUUAUCAUGGGAUGGAAAUCUAGCAGUAGCUUUACGUAUUCCUUAAAUUAUGAAAGUAAAAGUAAAGCGAUUGGUGCACCAAAUGCACUUUUCAAAUAGCAUUUAUCCCGCGCAGAUCAUCUGCCCUGUGUAUCUUCUCGGGUGUGCGAGUGGUUGAUUGGAGUGUCCGCACAAGCCUUUUGUUCUUUUUAUAGGAGCCCAUCGCCUAAUUAAACUGGUUAAAUAAUCUUGGAAGUGAGGACCACAGAGCCUUUAUCUAGAUGUUCAACUGACAUGUUCGAUUUUGCGGAGACAGUAGAUGUCGUGGAAAAAGUAAUCUUAUAUUACACUGAACGUCUGUCACACCGCGACACUUCUCAGUAACACUGCUAUGCACGAUAACUAAAGGAGAAUAAGAAUACAACCACGGACUUGCACACCCGUUUAUAUACGCGACUGUUUUUGUUUAUAUUGACCGUUAGCAAUCAUUUUCGUUCAACAGGUUAACGGCAGUUGCCUCUGUGUACCUGGAUACAAGGGUCCCAAAUGUGAACACUCGUGUCCACAGGGCUACUAUGGUCAGAAGUGUGCUUUUAAGUGUGGAUGCACCGCCUCCCAAUCUACAGGCUGUGAUCCAGUCACUGGCGUCUGCACGUGCAAGCCUGGUUUUACAGGGCCACAUUGCGACGUUCCCUGCCCAGCUGGAAAGUGGGGCUUACACUGUUCACAAUCUUGCUCAUGUGACCAUGGAGGUUGUGACCCGCUAUCCGGAAACUGCACUUGCGAUCGAGGCUGGAAGGGUCAACGUUGUGAUCAAGUCUGCUCCAACUGUGGUCAGCCGUGUCCAACAUGUUUCCAUGGAAAUGGAUCCUGUGAUCAAGUCUCUGGAAAAUGUCUGUGUUUUCCUGGUUACCAGGGAAGCUCUUGUCUAGAGGCCUGCAGUGUGGGUUACUAUGGAGACAAGUGUCAACAGAAAUGUGAUUGUGCAAAUGGAGGAACGUGUCACCACGUGACUGGGCAGUGUCUGUGUAAACUGGGCUGGACUGGAGCGCAAUGUAAUCAAGGUAACUAUAAUUGCUGAGCAGAAGGAAAAAAAUGGUAGCAAUAAUUGCAGUUAAUUCAGGAUGGUUUUGCUGUUUGCGAGGUUUGCGAGGUGAGCAUAAAGCGCAAGCACAAGCGCUAAACGCAAGCCCCAAGGAGGCACAAAGAAAUUAUUUCCAUUUGGUGCUCGCGUGAUUUAUUUUAAGAAGAUAAAAGCUUUUCUAGUGUACAUUUUGUUUUCAUGAAAUCGUUCACGACAAACGGUGUUUAGGUAAAAGCGUCGGGCGAACUGAAAAUGGCUUACAACGUGGUUUAGUUAACACUGGCUAAACUCCGUUUAAAUAGCCGGCGUCGCUGAUUAAAACCAGAUAAUUGUCACAAAGUCCUUCAUGAGCAGUUUAUCAAUUUAUAACCAUAACGUUUAAUAUGAUGUUUUGGCAGCCUGUCCUGAAGGAUCAUUUGGCCAUAACUGUACGCAGACAUGUUCCUGUGUUCGUGGAACCUGUGAUCCCAUAAAUGGGUACUGCACAUGCCCAGCUGGUUACCAUGGCUACCUAUGCGAUAGGCUGUGUUCAGGUGGAGCUGGCUGCAAUGAGAGGUGUCAGUGUGCCAAUGGAGCUAGGUGUGACUACGUGACAGGCCAGUGUGUCUGCCCUGCUGGAUGGACUGGUAAAACGUGUCAGCAGUCUUGUCGCCAAGUGUCGGUUAUUCCCGGAGUAUUUGGGGCGAAUUGUUCUCAAAGGUUAGUGUUCUUCAUUAAAGGCCGGCUUACACGGGCGAUCUUUGGUGUGAUUUCAAAUCAGGCGUGCAAACUAGCGGCAAUUUCUUGGCAACAUGUGGCUGCGAGGUUGCCGCUAAUUUCGAACGUGAUCGAAUUGUGAUGCGAUUUUCGCAGGAGAAUUACCGUAAACCUACCAUGACGUUGAGUUAACGCGAGAUGCGCCUCGUUACCUUAAGAGCUAACGUACCUUAAGUGCAUGGUAGCUGGAGCGCGUAUCAGGUCUUACGACAAAGAAAGUCUGCUAGCAAUCCCUUGCCACGUAGUCGAGUGCUUUGCUCUACCGAACGAACUUUUGACUCUGUAUGUUCUCGCUCCUUCUUCUGACUUGAAAGAUUUCUACGAGAACGAUGAGACACGUGAUACGCCAUAAUCUAAAGUAUGCGGAGUCGGCUCGCUACACACACGCUAAGAACCAUAUUAUCAGUUCUUGCUAAAAAUGGUUUCAAAAUCCAAAGCAACAGGAUUUUUGUUAUUUAAUGAAAGAACCAAUCUAUUAACACAAGCCUAAAUUACUGUUUCUUAAUCAGGUGCAUUUGUCCCGGAUCAUGUGAUCCAGUUACCGGAAGCUGUUCUUGUCCACGUGGAUUCCAAGGUCCAAACUGCCAAGAAGCCUGUGCGGAUGGAUGGUACGGAGCAAACUGCUCACAGAGGUGCAACUGCAUGAACAGAGCGUCAUGCAAUCACGUGAAUGGCUCGUGUACAUGCACUCCUGGAUGGUCUGGUGUUAAUUGUACGGAGAGAUGCCCUGCCGGGUAUUAUGGGAUGCUCUGUGCUUCCAAGUGUCAGUGUAGUGUAAAUGGGACCGAGGGCGCUUCAUUAUGUAAUUCUGUGACUGGCGAAUGUAACUGCAGUCUGGGGUAUCACGGUUACAGGUAUGAUAUUGCUCUGUUUUUAGAAGCGAGGCUACGUUCACGCGACUCCGUGUGCAUUAAAAGACACAUACACUCUUAUGGUUUACCGCUAUCCACGCGAUACAAUGUACCGUUAUUUAUCCGUUUACAAACUCAUCCACUCAGGAUUCACCAAAUAUCCAUUAUUGGUAUUUACCAAAUCAGUGAUUAGUAGUUUUCGUGCGUUUUUGUAGGCUCCCGUAGCUCAGAUCAUCCUUGGCUAUUUACUGUUUUUAGUAGGUAGUCAAAAUGGCGCCUAGUUUUGCGAUAGCCUAAGAAGGCGAAAUUUUAGCGAUAAAUGAGGCAACUGUUGCAAGAAAGCUACGAAAUUUGGCUUGUCGGUGUUUACUGCUGGGAAAAACUAUUUUGUCACUGAAUUUGCAACUGUUUAGCUUUGAAUCGAGGUUCUAACUUUAAAUUUCUUAGAAGACCGGGUAUUUCUCGGAGUUGUGGAAAGUAUCAUUGGUUAGCUAUUGAGAGGAGAAGUCGUUAGUUAGUACUACCAUGGUAACGUGACGUCACACUUCUCCUCUCUAUUGUUUGUUGUGUGGGUAUUGUUUAGUGUCUUUUCAAUCUUUCGUAAUACGUCAUUUUGUGAUCGCAACCGUCCGCAACACUGAGAAAGUACGCGAGGAUCUUAUUCGUAAACUUUCAAGUGGAAGCUAAUGAAUACUGCAAUUUGUUUUCCAUAGAUGUAUUUUAAGUUCUAAAAUAAAUUGAACAUUUUUUUUUGCGUGACCUGAAAAUGACUAGAGAGUCACACUAACAGUUCAAAAUCCUGGAUUCCUCAAUAAUUCCCCACUUCCCACAAAGACCACCCAGCAAACCUCACAAAUAAGCGUUUAUAAAUAGGGAGCUUAAGAGUUUUUGAGCCACGCUCGUCAAGCGGAAGUGAGGCAUUUUCUCUUUUAAUAUGCCUUGACGCUACCAACUUUGUAUUGCUGAGUUUCUUUACUCUUAUUGAGAAGAUUUGCCCAAAAAUUUGGGCAAAAGCAUCACCCAAUAACGCAGGAAGUCCACCUCCGGUUGAUGAGUGUAGCUAGUAGUAGUAAACCUUUAUUUAACUAGGGUAAUCCCUUCAGAAUACUUAAAAGUAUAUCUGUUAUCAAUAGGAGCCCUAAAUUAAGACUAAUAAAAAAGUUCAAAAUAAAUAAUAAGAAACUAAGUAACUAUAAGUUAAUAAUAGUACGGUAUAACAAUUAAAACUAAGCUCAAAAAACUUAAACUAAGCUAAUAACCGUCUUUGCUUAAGCUCGCUAGUAACGCCUCUCUACUUUAACUUAACAGGUGCGAGGAGCAGUGCCGUGAGGGUUUCUAUGGUAAAAACUGCAGUCAGCGUUGCCAGUGUCAAAACAGCCAUUCAUGCAGUAUUACAGAUGGGUCCUGCACCUGCAAGCCCGGUUACUACGGCGCAGCGUGUCAUUUGCCGUGUCCCAAGGAUCGCUACGGUGCCAACUGCAAUAACACCUGCCAAUGUAUCUGGUCCAACACCCAUUCAUGUGACAGGAUUGAUGGCACAUGUUACUGCAGAGACGGAUACAUAGGAGUUGACUGCGAAAGUGUGUGUCCUGAGAGAUCCUACGGGCGCGACUGCAAUGGAACGUGCACUUGCCGGAAUGGUGCUGUGUGUGAUCACGUGAAAGGCACAUGCGCGUGUACGGCCGGAUUCAAAGGUCAAAGUUGCGAGACUACCUGCGCCGAAGGCAGGUUUGGUGUGAACUGCUCACGUAAAUGCCUUUGUCGGAAUGGUGCGAAGUGCAGUCCUUUUGAUGGAAAGUGUUAUUGUGCCCCUGGUUUCUUUAGUAAAUAUUGUGAAAAUGAAUGCCCCAGUGGAAGGUAUGGAGUAAAUUGCACAAAUAUUUGCGAUUGUAACCUCAGGAACAGCCCAAAGUGCGAUCCUAAAACUGGCGAAUGUCUUUGUUUUCCUGGUUUCGAAGGACCCAGAUGUGACGAGGUCAGUGUCAUGUACUGCAAACAGCUUAUUUUCUUUAAGCUCUAAUGAAAUAACUCUCUCAUUCGACCAAGUCUUUAUCUUUAAAUUGAAAAAUGAGCCAAAAACACAAAAUUAGCGUUCCUGGGCCGGGAGAAAUUUUUAUUUGAUGUAUACGUGCGCUUAGUUCAGUUGAGAAGAGGCUCUACCUCGCAGUGGAUAAUUAAUUGUGUUGUUAAGUUAUUCGUCUGCCGUAUGCAGUUAAAUGGAACGAAACGCAAACUGGAAUUUCCAUCCAGAUGGAAAUCUUGUGCAUAAACAUAAAACUAAAGAAUUUGACGUGGUUGAAGAGCGACCCGCUAAAAAGUAUAUCAAAAUCAGCAGAAAAGACUGAAAAGGGUAAAAAAAAUUGCAUCGUCUCAAAACACAGCCCAUAUUUUCUGAAGCUUCCUGAACGGAAUGGCGCGAAAAUUGUUUUGAUUGUGCAUCCGAAAUUUCUGGUUUUCCCAUCAAAAUGUUCUGUUUAAGUUCUGCACUCGUAAUAAACUAAACAACACAGUUUACCUUCAACGUGACAGAGCUUAUCACUCUUUGUCAACAGCCUUGUGAAGACGGCUUUUACGGAAAGAACUGCCAGAAACCAUGCCCCGUGUGCUCAAGUCAUGCGAUCGGUCCCUGCCAGAAAGCACAUGGAAACUGCUCAUGCUCUCCUGGUUACCAAGGAUACCGCUGCUUUGAUGACUGUGGCUUGCAGCAUUAUGGUUUGCAUUGUAAGCAGUCGUGCCAGUGUACAACUGAAGAGCUGUGCCACCAUAUAAACGGCUUGUGCUUGGACAUGUCCAGAGGGAAAUUUUCUCUGAUUGUAAAUGACACUAUUGAAGAACUCCAUGAUCGUGUGCGGAUGAGAGACAUAAAGCGCGGGCUGGAAAAGUUGAUGGAGCUUUAUUUUGACGAGAAACCAUCCGACGAUGAGGUAAAGUAGAAAUGUUGGAAGGAGUAGGUAUUUGAUUCUUUCAAAAAGUUUUACGAUGUAAGCGAACUUCCCAUGAUGGACCACAGUAAUACCAACGUGUGGUGGUCUCUUACAGGGCACACAAGCUAUACACAUGCCGUGGGAGAACUGUUUUGUAGUUCCUAACCAACAGCUACCACUUGUGCAUGGUGGAGCUGGCGCUUAAUGGGGUGCUUUUGCUCUCGUACGGCAGUAAACGGCGGGGUCGAUGCUUGCAAGUAAGAACUCUCGCCAGGGGCUGUGCGAUGCUGAUGAGUUCUAAUGAGGACGAAACAGCUGUCCAUAGCGGCCACUGCCGGGGUGAUAUGGUUAUGCGCAGGCGUUAAGGUACUGGCCGUACCGCGGAGAUGGUGCUUGUGCUUCAGUGCUGAAAUUGGUGAUCACUUAUAAGAGGUUCCACACGAUCACCUCGUCCUCAGGCCAUUUCGCGCCAUGUAAGUGGGCUGCGUAGGCUUGGAACCGAACGCGAGAUUAAAUUCUCCGGACAAGCCUCCAAGCGUCUUCAAGCGUCACAUCCGAACUUGCUGGGACAGACUGGAAACGAGCCCGGAUUCCAGCUGUUAGUGCAGCGUUUAGAUAACAAAAGCUGAUAUUGGAUACUAGGUAGCUCAUAAGAGGCUGUUACACUUGUAGUUUAGAUAGCACUGUCUUUUCUUAUUUGGCAUAAAGAAAUCUGAAAUGUUUGUCUCAGUUGAUCUACCUUUUCCUGGUCUUUAUAACUCUUUUGUGUGCUUAGACGGAGACCCUUUGUUUCUCAUCGCCUUUUUCUGUUCAGCUGUAUAAAUAGGGCAAAUGAAAUGAGUGCGUGAUGGCUAGAAUUUAACCUACGAUGGACAAGGAUCGCGCUUAAUUGUAGAAUACGCGGAUUAGUUUGGUACCUUUGUUCUUGUAGAUGGUAGAGCAACGGGCAAAGCACGUUGGCGCGCGAAAAAUCGUUAUGGAAGGCUUAUUGUUUUGGAUAGAGAAGCGAUUUUGCGAAUCCCCUUUGCUCGUUUUUGCUUUGCCCUCUUUGGAAAAUAAGCACAAUUUAUUAUCUGAAAGACCAGUUUCCAUAUCUCGUAGGUUGCCGCAACGACUGCUUCCGAAGAUGGAUCGGCUUUAGCUCAGUCUCGUUUAGACGUGCUAGACGGUGUUAACGGGUCCUCCACGACAACUGAUCCUCCCACAAGUCGUUCAUCUGUUCCCGCAAGCCACAAUAAAGAGAAGCAAUCCACGCCUCAAAAUGUGAAGCAUGUGUUUAUGGUGCGCUUACUUGAGGAUGAGAUGCAGCCUGUUGUUAAAGAGGACUUAGGCGAUGCCACUCGAGUCGUGUGUGUUCUACUCGAUAACUUCACUGUAGUGGAUGGUCAUUACGUGGAUGAGGUGCUGUCCAGGGUACCAAGCGGGAUGAUUACAUCGGAGCUUCAGGUUGAGUACUACAGUGGCAAGCUGUAUAAGAAGAAGACUGGGUCCAAGGUGGAUAUGCAUCUACCGCUCAUCAUUGGCGCUUCUGUUGGUAAGUAAAGUGCGCCCUCGAGGGAAGGGUGGGUGGUAACACUGUCAUAACGAAAUGUCAGUGGCGGAUCUAGGGGAGAAGCCCGGGGGGCCCGCCCCCCUUAUUUUUAGACCAAACUGAGGCCCCAGGGGCCGAAAACAAAAUUUGGGGAGACCGCCUCCCCCCCAAUUGUAUAAGGGUCUGGAUGACCGCCCCCCCCCCCUCCUCCUUAUCUCAAGGUCUGGAUCCGGCACUGAAUGUUUUCUUAUAAGUGAAUUAAAGGGGCUCUGUCACGGCUUUCUUGAUCAUUUUUUACAUCUGCACCUAUUUCAGUAAAGGUUGCUCUCGUGAAACCAUGAUCCAUGUUGCAUAGCCAAAUGUUUCCCAAGCAUAUCAAAUAUUCCAAAAAAAAAAUGAACUUUGAAAACCUGUCAGCCUAACAAGUUUUCAAUUCACACAAUUUCUAUCCGUUUCAGUCUUCUUCAAGUUUGUCCAUCCGUGCCUUAUUUCCUAUGUGCUCUGUUAUUUAUACCUUCUUUUAAUGUUUUCAGCGGUUAUUUUUACGCUUUUUGCAAUUUGGUGGCAGUUCCAACCGUUUGAAUUUCGAUACGUUUCGGGACUCCUUUAAGAAGAUUUAACUAUAAUUCAAUUCCUUGAAACAAUUUCCUCUCAUGAUUUUACCACGAGGAAUAAUAUUAAUAGCAUUUUUGUCCUGGACAAGGGAAGUUAAAUGUGGAAUAUUCAAAUAGUUCAGUCCGGGAGUAAAGAAAUAAAUGUAAGGAAGAUCCUCACAGUUAAGGUCGCAACUUAUGCAGUUUCGAAAAGAAAACCUGAAAAAAUUCAGGCUUGCCGGGAUUCGAACCGUGUCCUCUGCGAUACCAGUGCAUUGCUCUAUACUAACCAAUUGAGCUAGCAAGCCAACUGGGAGCUAGGCCCAGUUGUUCGAAGGCCGAUUAGCGCUAACCCCGGGAUUAAAUUUUAAUCCUUGUUUCUUUAUUUUUUUUCUUUUCAAAAGCAUCUUCUCGGAUAAAUGAAUGAAGAGUCGUGGAUGAGAGGACAACAGACCUGUCCUCUCACAAUUAUACAUUUUAACAUCUGAACAGUAAGCUCGGACGUCGGCAUACAAUUACACGUCCUUAAUCCUUAAUUGGAUAGUUCAUCAAAUUACCAAUUACCAAAUCCAAAUCCUAAAUCCUUAAUUGGAUAGUCCAUCCAAUUACCAAACUGUGGACAAAAAGAAUUAAACUGAAUUUUCUUUUUAAUGUGUCGUAUCUGAAUUCAAAUUUCACACUAGCCCUGGGUUGGACAUUAAAUACCAAUCCAUUAAAUACAAAUACCAAUUUAAGCUUAGUUGGUUAGAGUGCUGCACGGGUUUCGCAGAGGUCAGGGGUCGAAUCAUGGCAAGCCUGAUUUUUUUUUUCAGGCUCUUUUUUCCGCACCUGCAAAAGUCAGUUGCGACUUUAUCUUCGAGGAUCUUCAUUACAUUUAUUUGGAAGUUGAAUCUGUUGAUCUGUUGAUUAAAAACUUGAUGGAGUUGCGAACGAAAUUGCAAGACAGCAAUACAAUUUAUGAAAAUAUUGAAGGCAAAUAUGAUGUGUGGAGAAAUGCCUGCAGAGAGUCAGAAUUGAUGAAUCGUUUUCGCGAUCUGGGUUGAUCGAUUAAUCAUCUGAUUCUGUCCAUCUUUAUUGUGUUUUCACAGGGUUUUUCCUCAUAGUUACAAUCAUAGCCUCGUUUGCGCUUAUCCGUCGAAGGUACAAACGUAAGAGCGGAUUUGCUUCGUAUAAGAAGGGCAAUACAAAAGAUCAGUCCGAGUUCGAGCUACAGCCCUGGAUUGGUCGCAAUACAGGAUAUCUGCUUGCGUUUGAUAACCCUUAUUAUGACGUAUUAGCCGCCAUGGGGCUGGAUGAUGAUAUAGAGGAGGACUACUAUAACCCCUUGUACGAUGAUGUGAGUAUGUACAGCGACAGCGGCGAGAAUACUAGCGAGGAAAGCUGUCAUAAAGAUCUUAGCUCCAUGGUUAUACGGACAUGAUGUUAGAGAGUAGGUUUUGAUUGUGAAUUUUAGAUCGAAACGAACUGGUAUGCCUCUAGCCAGUUACGGGCGACGCAGACAAUGCGUCAUUUGUGAGUGAGUCUCUUUUGAUUGGUGGAGAACGUCGCUCUAGCCAAUAACAGACCAGUUAUACAGUCUGUUAGAAAACAAAGCAAAUGCUAAAUUACUGGGCUAAAACUUGCUUUUCUUAUCUCCAGUAUAUGAAUAAUGUAUAUAUAUAAAGCGCUAUUAACGCAUUUAGUGUACAGAAAAUUGAGGACAUAUUUUUACGUAACUAUACGUUGUAAAAGCGUACUAUUUUUGUACCGUUUAUGACUCUUUUGGACUCCUUUGCCACAAGUUUCGGUGUUGGAACCACCCCACAGACCUAAGUAGUCUUUCAAAGGUCUUUGAAAAUGCUGUGUAUGGUGUUGACCUUAAAGAGGUGGCAGAACUAUUUACUGUAUGUAGGUCCACUCCCUUAAAGGUGCUUGGGUCCUUUUCGGGUACAUCCAUUGACAAACGAUGCACUGGCAUUUCAAUAGGCUAUCCCAAAUUAGUAAAAUCCAACUAGUGGUCUAUUAUCAAUGCUGCGUUCUGAUUGGUUGAGCUACUACUAGGCUAUAUGUUAUAGCCCACUAGUAGCGAAAAGCGCGGGCUUUUCGGCGGCAAAAAAGGAUUAAAGUCUAGCUUUAACUAGCUAAAAUCUUUUUAUUCUCGAUAUUUUUGACCAACUAGUUGGAUUUUACUAAAACAAUUAUUCCUCUCGCCCUCAUGGCCUCUGAGUCAAUAGCCCAUGAGGCUGAAGGCCUCAUACUCGGAGCCCAUUGGGGCUCGAGGAAUAUUUGUUAAGUAUUUGUUUCAAAGCGAGGCUAAGUGGCAUUGAUAUGGUUUUAUUGUCAUGCAAAUAAACCUUAUUUUGACAACAUCGCUUUUGCACUUGGCCUCGUUACAAAAGAAAGAAUUUUUGGUUCUCGGAAAUGCCUAUAUACUGCCAAGUUUUUAAAAGCAUUAAGUUUAUUUUGGCAGUCUAAUUGCAGUGGUAUUAGAAUAAGCAGUAUUACAUCAAUGUUAUUCUUCUCAGUUGUGUAGUUGUGUAAGGAGGGAACUUAAACAUGUCAGCCCUCUUUUAUUUUUGUGCGCUGUUUCUUUGAAACGACACUGUAAAUGUAAUUUUUUUGCCCUCAAAGUACAUGGGAGUUCUCCUCCACUCCUUUGAAAGUGUUCGUGCUUUUCAGGUCAAAUCUGAUUUUGGAAGUGUUGGGUUUGAGGAGAGGGGAAAUCUAGAGUACCCGGAGAAAAAUCUCUCCAUAAUAUAGAACUGAUAAUGGAGAGAUUUAGGGUUUUAGAAAAUAAGCAGAUAAAAACAGCCCAGAACAAAUCUUAUCGAUAAAACUCUCGUGAACCUACUAAUUUUUGUGCAGAAGUAAUGAACAGUAAAAGACAAGAAAACGGAAAACUUGGUCACGUGGUACAAAUUCCUCUGCCGUUUGCCGUAAACGUGAUUCUUAAUCUCUCCAAUAACUCAACCCAGAUUUGGCAUAACACAGGACAGUAGAUAAUCCAAAUAAACUGAAUUCCAUGGCGAAAUACACCAGAGAUCCGAUGAGAAGUAUUGACGCUAUUUCGGUUUAAUUUAAAGCAUUAUUAGGAAGAGAAAGCGUGCGGUUUCAAGGGAGGCUGUCAUUUGAAGAAGGAAACUUUAAGCCCAGAGUAAACAACGACUGCCUUAAACCGAAAGAUUGAAAUACUUAUCCGAUCCCUUGGUGUAUUUCAUCAUAAAAUUCAGUUUGUCCUAACAUCCUUGUACUAUUAGAGGCCUUUAGAUUCUAGGACGAGAACGACUUCGAUUACGAAAUUUGACGUAAAAUAUUUUGCGCAUAUUGUCAAAGCAUAAAUACCACGGAAAACUUCAUUACACCUCCUACCAUGCACACUGGUAGGAGGCUAGUGCUCUAAUCACAGUCUUAUCAGUUUCAAUGACUCAAGGAAUGACAUCAUUGAAUGACUUUGAUAAAUCCGAUAUUCGUAGUCUCGACAGUGAAUUGGAACUAGUUUGAAGUCAAAGAUCAACAAGCCACCACAAGCCUCGACUACACGUUUCAGUUCAGUAAUGAGAUACUGCGAAGAUAGGUGAGGUUGCAGACAAUCCGCACGUACGUCGUCGUCAGUCGUGACGUCCAGUGAACGCAAUAAGAAACUUGGGCAGAUAAUUUUUACGUUACUUUUUAUAAAUUUUUCUUAUUGUUUAAUGUUUGAUGUCGGUUCAAAGCUGUGAUUGUUCCUCCUUACUUCCACGUUCAAUGUCCCUUCGACGAAAGAAACAUCAUGAUUUUGUUGGGUGUUUGUGAGUCCUGCCAUAAGCCUCCACGCAGUCGUCUUCCUUUUCCUCAGGAAAAGAAAAUAUUUGCUCGAGGUAAUUCCCAAAAAUAUACAAAAUCAGAACAAAAAUAAAGCUAAGUUGUGGCUCGUCGAGGUCAUGUUAGAAUAGGCCACUUCCGAGUUCCAAAAACCCUCACUCUCAAAAUGAGGCUAGGUGCACAACUGAAUUUUUUUUUUUAUGAGAAUGAAAAUGAUUUCCAUAUCAAAGGCUGAGCACCUACCCUCGUUUUGAAACAGAGGCCCGGGGGAACUUGGAAAUGGCCUAUUCGAUUUACUAGACUUCCGUUCUCAUGCUUUAACCUAGGACCUGUAACAUAACUGUUUCCUUUGCUUCACAUUAAAUGUGAAGAGGAACAGUUACUGAUCUUAGUUAGCAAACUGCACGCUCUAAGCAGACAAAAACGUUUUGACUCUUAGUUGAGAGAAAAAGUUGAAAUUAUUAAAAUAUUGUACAUUAUUUAUAUUGAGCUGCUAACACCAUAUUUAAACUCCUCAACCUCUUGCUCACAAAAUAAAUGCGAAUUAAAUUUGUACACUGCUGGGUUCUUUGUUAUCUUCAUCCUAGUACAGUCAACUCUCGCUUUUACGGAUACCCCGACAAUACGGACAGAAGCUAAAUCCCUGG